AUGCAGCGGACUCGGAUACACGAGGGGAUGCUAGCCAACGACCCCUCACACCGUUGGGCGCUAGAGGGAGACCCCGAGGUCAGGGCAAGAAACCGAUACGUGAACGUGCAGGCAUGGGCCAACUCCCGCAUCCAUCUGCGGGUGCCAGAAGGGGAAUGCGAUUUUAUUAACGCAUCGCCGAUUGUCCUCGAAGACUCAGUUUCGCAGGAGGAGCGACGGUAUAUCGCGACGCAGGGACCGAAGCCGGACCAGCUAUCCCACUUUUGGCACAUGGUGUUCCAUGAAAGUGAGGAUGUAGGCGUCAUCGUCAUGCUCACGCAGACAUUUGAGGCGGGCAGAGAGAAAUGUGCCCAGUACUUCCCACUGGACCGCGAAAACGCCACGAUGCCCCUGCGACGUGAGCAAGACCCGUUCAUGAACGACAACCAUCACCAGCAAGCCGAUGAGGACCUUGUAGGCUAUGUUACACUGCUCGAGACUCAAUGGGAUCCCACCUCUCGCUCGGAAAUCCGCAAACUUCGGCUCACCCUCGGCACCGAGUCGAAGAUUGUCUGGCAUUUUCUGUUCGCCGGUUGGGCGGACUAUUCCAAGCCCGAGGGCGAUGACCGCGAUGCGCUCCUUCAGUUGAUCAAACUGUCCGGUUCGAAAUGCAGCCCUGCUAACCCCCGCAUUGUGCACUGCAGUGCUGGUGUCGGCCGGACAGGCACGUUUAUCGCGCUGGACCAUCUUUUGCAGGAGCUCGAGUCCGGCCAGUUACUAGAGGCGACUGACCCCGACAUCGACCCUGUCUUCGAAACGGUCAACCAAAUGCGCGAGCAGCGAAUGAUGAUGGUCUAUAAUGAGAUGCAACUCCAGUUUAUAUACGAAGUCCUACGGGAGCAGACCGAUCUCAAGCUCGGAAAGACUGCCGUGCCCAGCGGGCGCAAGUCGGAUGAAAGGUCAACGAAGAUGGCCAAGUUGUCAACCGACGACAGCUACCGACCAUCCUCCAAACCUGAGCUCGAACCUGCUGAAGAUCACCGAUCUACUCCUACCCGGAGCUGGUCGGGCACCCCCGAGGUUUCCGAUAACGAAUGA